AUAGUCAGUUAAAAGUUAUUCGUAGAAUAAUUCACCUAACUGAGGAAUAAAGUUAUCCGCCAAUUCGUUUGCCAGAUAAAGGCGGGAUAGCAAUAAACAAAAAAAAUUUGGCCUUCCUAUAGUUGAGAAAUUAUUAAAAUAAUUCAUUUGCGCCUUUCUUUUGUGGAAGUAACCUGUUCUUUAAGCUUAUCAUGGAGUUAAAUGAUAUAAUUGAAGAUUUUCUUCUUGAAGAGGAUCAAGAAGUAUAUGAAAAUGCGAGGAAAGAAAGAGUAGUGAAACCAAGACCAAAUCAUUUUGAAGAUUGGGAAUGCAACGAGUUCUUUCGAAGAUUCAGGCUUACAAAAUAUUCCUGUCAGUACUUGUGUUCAUUAAUUGAAAAUCAAUUGGCAUAUGCCACGGAUAGAAACCAAGCGGUUCCAGUCAUGCAGCAGCUUCUAAUAUGCUUACGUUUCUAUGCAACUGGAAGUUUUUAUAUAACUAUCGGGGACUUUUCGAGUUUACAUAAAUCAACAGUAUGCCGAAUUAUAACGAGAGUAACGAAAGCAAUUGCAUCGCUUAGGUCCCAAUUUAUAAAUUUACCAAGUAAUGGAGAAAUUUUAAAAAUACAGGAAGAGUUUUAUAAUAUAGCGAGAUUUCCACGAGUGGUUUCUGCAUUGGACUGUACACAUGUACGGAUAAUAUCACCAGGUGGCAGUACAGCCGAAAAUUUUAGAAAUCGAAAAGGAUACUUUUCCAUUAACGUUCAAGCUAUGUGUUCAGCAAAAUUAAAGUUUCAAAAUAUAGUCGCGAGGUGGCCCGGAUGUACUCACGAUACAAUGAUAUUCCUGAAUUCGGCUGCAAAAUAUACGUUUGACAAUGGAACUUUCGGUAAUGGACUAAUUCUUGCAGAUAGCGGAUAUUUUUUAAACAAUUAUUUGAUUACACCGUAUAUUAAUACACGAACUCCAGCAGAACGUCUUUUCAACGAAGCCCAUAUUAGAACGAGAAAUGUUAUAGAACGUUGCUUUGGAGUAUGGAAGCGACGAUUUCCAGUUCUAGGCAUUGGUAUGAGGUGCAGAAUUCCUUUGGUACAAGAUAUUAUCGUUGCAGCAGCCGUAUUACAUAAUAUUGCCAUAGAUAUGAAAGAAGACAAACCACCAGAAGACCCAGAGUUAAGUACUCAGCUUGAAGAGGAAACAGAAAAUAUGGAGCCAGUUAUUGGAGACUCUAGUGAAGCCAGAAACGUAAUAUUAGAAUACUUCGAGUCCUUAAUCUGAAUGUAAAAAGUAUAAAUGCUUUGAAUACCUCAUUGAAAGUACAAGCGAGACACAAUGCGCCUUUUGAACACUGUGAAUUAAUCGUUGCGGUUUCGAUAGAAUCAACAUUUUUAUGCAAAUUAAAAUGGGUCUGAAAGCUAGUGUAAUUACCUUUCAACGAAAAAUUUUGCCAUGGAGCACCCACUACUUUCUGACCUUAAAAAUAGCUUAAAAAUAGUGCUGUUCGAAAAAAAAGUGCAGAAACUACCGGAUUUCUUCCAAAAAUAUUUUUUUAAUUUUCUAUUGUACUAAUCUUUAGAUUCUGUGAUGAGAAACACUAUCCCACUGUUUAACGACCCUGUAUGAAUCGGUUACGACUUAUAAAUUUUUGAGUUAUAUCUAUAAAAAUUAUAAUUAAUAAUUACAUUUCGAUUUUUAUUAAUCGCUGAGAAAGUAUAAUCACAUAUCGAGCUAAACUUGUUUGAUAAAAUAUAAACCUAAU